AGAGAAAGAGAAAAAGCAAGAGACACGGAGGCACGGGCGACGCUUUGGUCGAAACGGGUUGGGACUAAGAAAAGUCGAAAAUCUUAAUUCGGGGGCGGUACCGACUCCGUGAUGCGAUGGGCGGUGACUUCUAAGCGGCGAUUGGCUUGCUUCGGUAAAGGGUGAGAGAUCUCCUACGGGGGUGGAGGAGAUAUGCGCCGUGAUGCCAGGACGUCGGCGUGUGCACGUCUGUCCGAACCGGCGGUCCCCUCUGUACUCGAGGACGCCAGUCGACGCCGGGCGUCCCGAGCGUACAGUCGGGGAACUGUCGUUGUCCUUUGACGAUCGCGGGAACGUGCUUCGAUCGUUCUUACAUCCUGGUUGAUCGAGGAUCGCCUCGGUCGAUUGACCGCCGUCGCGUUCAUUCUACUGGACGGAAUCGUUGGUGAAUAUUGUAACUUUUACAUUUUAGUUGUAUCUGAUUUCGGAUGUAAAACUUGGAAGUGGUGAAGACGGAGGGUUCGAUCGGAGCAAAGUUAAUCGAUGGCGCGCGUGUUUGUUCGUUUCGCUAUCGCGUGUGACUGCUCUUAGGAUGCGCUGGAAGCACGUGAUUUUUUAUAAAAGCUUGACCUAAUCAAGAGGCGCGAGUCGACCGGAACUGUGGUUCCACCCUGGAACAUCGCGAGUUCUCAACCUGUGAUCCGUUUCGAUGGAAGGUUGUUCGGAAGGGUCUUCUGGAGAACAUUUCCGGUGGAUGCUGAUCGACGCUCUGACCGAUAAAUCGCUUUCAGAUCCGAACGGGCGUACGUGCGCGGACAAACAUCGGUGUGGACCAUUUCGCGAGUGGGAGGACGACCUUGAAGGUUCGUACGGGCUGUCGGAGGAAACAAGGGACUCUGUUGGUGUGUCUGUUCGUUGCGGAUGCGUAUCUUACGCGGAUCGUGCUUGUGCUACCGGGUUCGUCAAGUUGCAGCCAAAAAUACUGGUGCUUGUUAAGGGAAGCAAAGGAACGUCUUUCAAUAUCGUACCCAGGAUGGCGACUAUCUUCGUCGUCUUGUGCCUGCUCUUGCUAGACACUCGACCAACGGUUGCAGCUAACAAUGUUACAGUUGUUUCAGUUACCAGCGUACCGGAUCCUGAGUUCAUUGAUGAAAUAGGAAAUAUCACAGUGCCAGCAGGACGUACUGUAAAAUUAGCCUGCAGUGUCAAGGACUUGGGGCCAUACAAGGUGGCCUGGAUGCUUUUCGACAAGAGCGCUAUCCUGACAGUACAAAGUCACGUUAUUACCAGGAACCCCAGGAUAUCCGUGACACAUGAUAAGCAUAGGACCUGGUUCCUACAUAUCAAAGAUGUACGGGAGGACGACAAGGGAAAGUACAUGUGCCAGAUUAAUACAGCGACCGCGAAAACACAAUAUGGCUAUCUGCACGUCGUAGUGCCUCCAAAUAUAGAGGACUAUCAGUCCUCGUCAGAUGUCAUUGUGAGAGAAGGUGCGAAUGUGAGUCUAACGUGCAAAGCGACUGGAAGUCCUAAACCAGCUAUAAGCUGGAAAAGAGACGAUAGUUCAAAGAUCUCAAUUAACAAAACGUAUUCCGUAUUGGAGUGGAAAGGCGAGACGCUGGAAAUCACACGGAUCUCAAGAUUGGACAUGGGCGUUUAUUUAUGCAUCGCAACGAAUGGCGUCCCUCCGACUGUGAGCAAACAGAUCAAAGUUUCCGUCGACUUCCCCCCUAUGCUGUGGAUACCGCACCAAUUGGUUGGUGCACCCUCGGACCAUACGGUUACACUGGAAUGCCACACAGAGGCUCAUCCGACUUCUUUGAAUUACUGGACCAGGGAGGAUGGCCUGAUGAUUCAGGGGAGCAAGAAGUACAAGACUACUUCGACGCCGGAGAAACCCUCGUACAAGACGCAUAUGACGCUUACGAUAUACGAUUUGCAGGAGGAGGAUUACGGUAGCUACAAGUGCGUCGCGAAAAAUCCACGUGGAGAGACCGACGGCACAAUUCGUUUGUACAUGUCUUCACCGCCGAGUACCAGCCCGAGCCCAUCUACUACGGAGAUGCCGAAGAAAGAUUGGGAGCUGAUGGCUGAAAUGAAUAACUCUAUUUACGGAAAUCCAAGCUCGCUGACGAUUCACAACGAGAAAAAUAUGAAAUCAGGUAAUAAAUUCCAGUCGAACCUCAGCGAGAUCGGCAAGUCUGAGCAAAAAUCGAGCGACCUAGAUAGGAAAAGAAACUACAAUUGGACCCCAGACAGCGACUCAGCCGUCAACAUGACAACGACUGGACUGCUUCUGAUGAUCGCUCUGAUCGUGGUGUCGAUCAUUCGAUAAGCAAAUAAAAAUAGACGCGUCGGACGUCGAUCAUCUGGAUUUCAUUUACGAAAUAUAAAAGAAUAAGAAGUCAGAAACCAAUACGACUGUCAGAAAGACACAGAUGGCACACGACAACACCAGCACACAUAUAUACACGUACAUGAGAAAGAAGGAAGAAUGACUGAGUAGUUAGUGUCAUAUUAAAACACGAAUGAGGAAAAAGAUUAAUAAUAAGAAUAAUAAUUACGCGUGCCAAGUCAGUGUAGCGCAGUGUCCAAAAAGACAAAUGAGAUGAGAAAUCGUGCAAUAGGAAAUGAGUAUCUAUCGAUUAAUCGAUAUGCACGAGAUAUGAAAGAAGCGUGGGCAAAUCACAAAGUGCAACGACUAUCGCUUUCAGUGUAACAUAUUGUAUAACGCCAAAUGUCGCCACGAAGAACGCGCCAACGAUCUCGAGCUCCGCUGAAAGUCUUCAACCUGUUCGGGUUCAAAACUAAUCUCGCGGAAUUCUAUUUUAGAAUUUCUUUACUUGAACCUGACUCUUUUUUAUGCCAUGCCAGAAUAAAACUGAUUUUCUUAAAGUUAAUAUCUCAUCUUCCGAAUCAGCAACUUCAAAAUUAUUUUCAUAAUCGAUGUUUCCUUCUGCAUUGAUAACAAAAGAACAAAGACCAGUGAUGUAAGCGUAAACUGUCCCCGCCAUCGAUUUCGUUCUUCUAUUUUUCCUCCUUGAAUGAUUCUCUUCCCCUCUUUAUUCUGCCUGCGAAAUGUUUCUUCUCCACCAUCCCUUACCUCAGUUCUUCUCUUUUCUUUCUAACAGCCGUUCCUUACACCAAAUCGCGGAUCCCAUCUGAAUAGUUGAGAUUAAAACGUCAGAUUCGGCAUAGAGGACGUUCUUCCAUGAAAAAACAAAGAAAAAAGAAAGAAAUGUAGAGUACAAAUGUCAAACGAACAUCAAAGGUAAAGGAGUAUUAAAAACGGAAUAUUAUUAAUUGAAAAUAUCUUUAAGUUCCAAGGAUAGAAUACUGACCGAUAAUAUUUUUGUUACAUUCUGGUCACAUAUUCUUCUUAUCGAGUAUUUUUUAUUAAGUUUUGAAUACAUUUUAUCGAUUAUCAUUUAAUUUAUUUUUCAUAAACACAAUUAGUAAACAAUUAAGGUUUUGCACUCGCACAGGUUCGACGAUGUAAUUUUGGAACAAAUUAAACCGGGAUCUGCGAUUACCAAGGAAUUAAUUAAAUGAAGGAAAAGAAAAGAAAAGAGAAAAGCGACGCACCGAGGCAUCUUUUCGUCAUGAUUAAAUUUCGUUGAGGUGUCCACGUUGACCAGACAGCUGCUCAAAUUCUACGUAUAGUAUCGAGAUGAAAGGAAUAUCGAAACGCUUAAAACGGAAAAAAAUGAAAAACAGAGUAUAUAUAAAUAACGUGUAGGUAUCGAUUAAGUGACGAUGAAAACGUUUAGACAUAAAGAAGUUUUAUUCUUACUGCCGGAGCUUCAUUAGUUUUGCAUUAGGACGUAAAGCGUUUUUAUCGAAUCCUAAAAACACCAAAACCCUUUCACGAAUAAUUUUGCAGGUUUAUCGACGACGAGAAAUACCACUCACAAAAUUUCGAUUUCAAACCAGCUUUAACCAUUGAUUGUAAUCACGAACGUUAAUUUUGACGAUUUACGUUCAAAAAAAGAAAUGAAAAUAAAAUAUAAAAUAAUGUUGCUGCCUGCUGGAGCAAUUUUUACAAUGGAAAUUAAUAACGUGAAAUAAAAGGUAUCGUGCGGAACCUUUUAAUCGAUUUUAAUCCAUCAAGGGCACUGCAACCUCGAAUACCCAAAAACGCAAAUUAACUGUAAUUCCGCACGCAUUAAAAUGCCCCUGAAAAAGACCCUUUCGAGGAAUAGGUAUGUAUCGGUAUUUCAAUGAAAAAAAAAAUAGCUAAAUAAUAACUAUGAGUAGGAAUGAAAAUUCCGUUUCAAUUACAUAGAGAGAUUACAUAUUUUGAAAUUCAAAUAGUUUUUAAUUCUAUCUAAUCGUAAAGAUAAUCAAGAACAUACACGAUGUACACCUGGAGUACUGCAAAAAUUUCUUCAAUACGAAUUCCUAAUAUUAGGUCGUCCGAAAAGUUUCUUUCGUUUUAUGAGAAAAUAAUAGACGCACAAGGUUUUUGUUUUAUAUUAUUUUGUCGAAUUACGUACGACCCAUUUUGUUCUGUUGAGAUAAACACCGCGACAUUUCACAGACUUGGUUUCACGUUUGUAUGAAGGUGCGUCGUUAUAAAUAACACGUUUGCGAAAGAAACACACUUUCCGGACAACCUAAUAGUAUAGUUGAGUUUCUUUUAAAGAAUUUAACUACAUAAAUAAAUAAAUUAACAAUAUAACGUAAAUUAGAUCAGAAAAUCGAUUGAAAAAUUAAACAAGAUUCUAUGAUAGUUCCAUCGAACGAACGAUCUUUCAGAAAUCCUCGUAUAUUGCGAAUCAAGAACAACAUUGACAAAGUCGCAUCAUACAGACAUAACCUUCCGUUAAUUCAUCACGCGAUUAAUUUAUUCACCUGUUAAUUAACGAGGUUCGGAAUUUCUCUGUAAACGCGCAACACCGCUGCGGGACUGCGCUAGUUUAAAGCGGACUUCGAACUACUUAGGAAUAUCCAUUAUUCAGCGUACAUCUUGUUUAAAGCAACAGGUUCGAGAGUCCCGUAGCUCGACGCGAACGGGUUAAAGCCCAUGAUGGAUUAAAGAAGGGUAGCUCAAGGAUUAUGCUGACUUACUAUCGGCAGAUCUUUAAAUUUCGUCAUCACCUCAAUGUAUCGAGCUGCUUUCCAAACAAUGAAACUCAAUUUCGAACAUUCGUGCUUCUAUCUUCUCUUCUAACUAAACAGUUUCAUAAUUUCUGUGUAGAAAUUGUACACACGUGGAAAAUAUACAAUACAAUAGUAGAGCUGAUAGACGAAACUCUUUGUAUAUAAUACUUUUCAGCAAUUAAAAGUACAGCUAAAUUAUUAUCUUUGUUGAUAUAAAAAAACAGGACGAAAGGGAGAAAAUAUUUUUGAGAAAAAUUUGAAGAAAUUGUUCCGAAGAUAAAUAAUACUUUUCUUUUGUAACGAAUAAACGAAUGUAGAUAGCACGCGUUGAAGUUCACUUUUUCUUUCUAGAGGUCUCUAUCGAACUGCGGCAGGUUUGCUUUUCUCGCGAGAAUAUUUUGAUCGAAACACAGCGUUGUAAUCUCUCGAAUAGUUUGUAUUGUUAUUACGAGCCUCCGUGUGUCGAUAAAAAUUGAGAAAACCACCGAUAUUCCAAUUGCAGAUUACGAAAUCCCACCCAAAGUAUCACGCGAAAUAAGCAUUAUAGAAUUCAAGUAGAAUAUAUGCAAUAAACACUGAACUGUGCUGAUAUUGCAGUUUUAUUCUUAUAAUAAUAUUUAAUAGACGAUUAUCAAUUAUCAUUUCAACCAUUUUAUUUUUAAACAACUUACCUCUUUUUGUCGAAUUCAAUUGUUUCGAAGAAUUCGAAAGGAACGUGAAGUUUCAGUUAAUUCGAAUUAUCUUCCGUUCAUCCUGUUUCGAUUUUUAGUGUAAUUUCACAUAUUGAACGAGCAUUUCAUAAUUAACGCAGUUCAGCUCGCGGCGAGAAAGAAGAAGCGUGAUUUCGCGCCCUGUAUUCCUCUUGAACUAAUUUCUACAGAGAACGAUGGCGCAUAUUAUACAUUAUACGAAUAUCGGCCUGAGUAUAAUAACGUUCGACUCGUCAUGCUGGCGGAUCCUGUAAAUACGAGUACAUAGACUAAAUAAGUAAAUAGACACGGGAAGAGAGAAACGAAACGAAGAGUCCUCGCGAUGCUGUUGAAUUCGUGACCAUUUUAUUCGUGCCUCGAGAGUUUACUUCGAGAAACAUGGAAAACUGUUGAGAAUUUUCUUGUAUCGCGACAACUUUUUGUUCUGGUUUGCAUUGAAUUUAGAAUAAAUAUACCGAGGCGUUCGGUUAGGAAUUGAGUUAUGGUCGCCCUCGUACAAGCGAAACGAUGCAAGUGACUUGAAUUCGAUUGUUCUUCGCUUAAAGUACAUUGUUAAAUGUGAAAAUCUAAGUGAUAUGUAGUUUUCUAUAACUGAAUAAGAAAUAAAAUAUGGACGCAUCUCUAAAAUAUCGAUAAUUAUAAUUGUAUAAUUAUGAAUCUGUCUAGAGAAAACAAUAAUCGACUAUCAACGCGAAUAAAUAUUGCGAUUGUCAUUUCACGUGGUGUAAAAAGCUACUCCUUUACAAUUAUUUCUCAAAGAAAAGAUGUUUCAUCAAAAUAAAAAGUUUAAAGUUUCAUGGCGAUGAACGUAUCAUAAAUCAACCAAAGUAUUUGGAACUAAUUAAUAUUUGAAAUUGUGCUGUGAAUUUUGAAAUGAGAUACAUUCCUAACUUUUAUGCGUAUUUUUAUUUUGAAAAAUAGUUAAAUAACGUAAAAAGAACAUUUACCAAUCUUAUCAAGCUUAUCUACAUUUCCAUUGUCCCAAAAACAUCCUGAAAGAGGAACUUGCAUUGCAGCAUUUACAUAAACUCUGAACUCUGUAACUUCGAACUUGAGAACUGACGAACUUCAAAUUCAGAAAUUCUUCAAGUUAAUGAACUCAAUACUGCUUAAAAAUUUCGAAAGUUUGCGUUCCUACCUUCCACAUUGAUGCACAUAUCGAUGAAAGUGAAUCCAAGGAAAGAAUUACGAAAAAUAUAAUAAAACAUAAUGCGUCGUAAAGAAAAGGGAAAUGUCGUGUGA